GUAAAUAAACAUUGCCUUCCACGAACACAGCUUUCCAAGCCCUCAGUGCUGACAGAACGACAACCAAAAACAACACCGGAUAGCGACUACUACUGACGGGGCUCUAAAGGCUGUGGUCCCAUAGCCUAACUAGCCCCAUAAAAAAACCCAAGAAGAAAAAGAAGCCCUCAAGUGCACGCAAACCUUCCUGCAGAAGUCGGGGCAACUCGACAGGAUCUAACUCCCACCCUGUAACAGAACGGCCAACACAAAAAACAACACCUGAUACCAACUACCACAGACGGGGCUCUAGAGGCUGUGACCCCACAGCCUAACUAGCCCCAUAAAACACCCAAGAAGAAGAAAAAGUGUACGCAGAUUUUCCUGCAGAAGUCGGAGCAACUCGACAGGAUCCAAUCCCUACCCUGGUGACAUCGACAGACUAACACCAUCUGCUAGUAUUUAUCAUUGACGAGGCUCUUGAGGCCGUGUUCCCACAGCAUAACUAGCCCUCUAAAACACUCCAGAAGAAGAAGAGGUUGGACGGCAACUCCCUCAGCCCCCUAAACUUCUGAAGAAACACAAUCAGAUUCAUCAUUUUUUGUAGCUUGGCUCACAAAAUGUUGUUAGCAUCACUUAAAUAAUUGAGGUGGCAUAGGAGGAAACAAAAGCCAGAUAGGGGGUAUGCAUGAGUAGCGAUGCCGCUUUCAGCCAAGAAAUAUGAUCUGCAAGACAAUUGUCAGGCUGGAUCCCAAGGACCUUCCAAACUAGAAGUUCAGAGUGUAUGCUCACUUUGGAAGUCUGGUCCUACCAUGCUUGGAAUACUGCAGCCAACUCUGGUCUCCUCAAAAGGUGUCAGAAAUACCUGAAAUUGAGCUCCCCCAGAUUACUCUUAGCAGCAAAAUUAAGUUCAACAGGAUUCAGCACAUGAACCACUGAGAGAGGCUUAAGGAACUGCAGCUGUAUUUUCUUCAAGGACUGCAGGGAAUACUACAUCUUAAGAUAAAUCCUGGCAAGAUGGUUCUCUAUGAAGAUGAUACUUAUGCUAUUUUACCGUCUCACAUCAGGCCACGCAAAAUCCAGCCUGGGAAACGAACCAUUUUGGUAACAGUUUUAUUAUCUAUUAUGCUGUUGAUGUCACAGCUUUUCCGAGCUCUUCAGCUAAAUCAUCCACCACAACUUAUAACUACUCAUAUAAUGGAGUCGCUGACAAGUUUAAACGAAGAGGCUGAGGUGCAACCAUGCAUCAAGACACAUCUUGGCGUCUCCAGUCACCAUACAGACUCUCAUCGUUCAUGCCAUCACCUACAACCACCACAGGGGCUGUGCUCUCUCAUACAGACCUUGUUCUUCAGCAACAAGCCCCACACCUGCGAUCACCAAAGAAGAGUAACUUUUUGUGUAACUGUAUCUGGAAGCAUCUCAUGUGAACCACCAGUCCAGUGUGCUUCAUUAAACUUCUAUGUUGGUGUUUUUGAUGAUACAGAAGCUAAAACAGUUUGGAAGCAAAUUAAUCCUAACCAUCUGAAGAAAAUUGUCGACAAAGAAGUUACCAAAGAUUUUUAUUUUGGUUUUCUUUUUCUAAAAUGUACAAAUGCAUCCGAGGACAGCUUUGAACAGCCUGCUUAUUCAGAAGAUUAUGCAAUAGAAAAUUCUCAGUCGUACACUCAGCUUUUCCUAUAUCCAAGGAAAUACAUGAAAAGAAAAACUGAUCCAGAAUUGGGUAGGUUUCCUAAUAUAAAUUUAGUAAUGCUUGACUCGCUCUCUCGACCUCAUUUUUACAGAUCACUUCCAAAGACCAUCAAUUUUUUGGAGGAUUUAUAUAGUGAAACUCAUCGUAAAGUUUUUGACUUCCACUAUUUCCAGGCAGUGAAACAAAGAACCUAUGAAAAUCUUGAAGCACUUUUUUCUGGUUAUGUCAAUACAUCAGAGAUUCCAUUUGGAACCUAUGAUAUUCCAAGGAGACCACUUCCUGUAUCUCAUCUUUUGAAGCACUACAAGGAAAAAGGCUACAGAACACUUUGGCUAGAGGAUCUGUGUUGGAAUUGGGAAUGGGGAUUAGUUAAAGAUUUAAGAGUCAUAAAUAAUUCUGACAGUUACCCCUCAUGGAAAACAUUUAAGAAAGCAUUUAAGAAUGCAAACAUUGAUUCCAUUGAUGUUACCUUGGCAAGUUGUGACAUACUUGAAGCAAAUGGAAAAAAAGACCCAUUUCACAAUUUACCUGCUGUGUGCUAUAAUGGGAGGUAUCAUCAUGAAUAUUUGCUGGAAUACCUGAAGUUGUACCAAGAGGAUGCACAGAAAAUAAAUCAGCCAUUAUUUACAUACACAGUUACUGAUGUUGCACAUGAUGAAACAGGAUUACGAGUCCAAACUUUAGAUGAUUCACUUGCCAAAUACUUGAGGUUUACCACAGAGUUGAAAAGUACAAUUACCAUUCUUUUUUCUGAUCAUGGCAGCACCUAUGGUAAAUUCAUUCAGGAAAGUCCAGAAGCACAUGUUGAAACUUUUAAUCCAUUCUUGUUCCUAAUAAUUCCAAAAAAUGUUCAAAAUACUUUAGGUGUUUCUCAGAUAAAGAAACUGAAAGACAAUGAGAAAAACUUAGUCAGCUUGAUUGAUGUACACAACAUGCUACUUCAGCUGAUUGGAAAGGAAAACAGAAUUCAAGAUGCAGACUUUACUGAAAAAUACACCAUCCCAGGAGGCCUUUUAAGUAGUAUUUCUACACAGAGAACUUGCUGGGAUAUUCCUCUUCUUCAGCCAAACAUCUGUAUAUGUAAAGACUUUGAAACACCAGUACAACCAAAUGAAUUUCACAUGGCACUUGCAGAUUUUGGUAUAGGUGUUUUAAAUAAUAUGAUCUUGCAGCAGCAUAAAAAAGAUGGAGGUUUUGGGUUUGGUAACUGCAGACCCUUAAAGGCCUAUGAGAUACGAAAGGUACUUGAAGUGCGAUUUUCUGUAUACCUCAUUAGAUAUAAGAUUGAUGUCAUUGUAUAUGGGUUUGAAGAAAGGAAUACUGAAGAAAAGGAAAUCUUCUUUCUCACAGUAGAGUCUAAUACCAACAAAAUGCCUUACGUCUUGUAUCUUAUGAGCGUAUGA